AUGACCCUCAAGCCAAUAUGGCAGCCGCCAUACCACCUUGGUAAAAAGAUGGGACCUAAAGCAGACUUGGGAUUGAUUCUCCUCACAACUACAUUGGUAAACUUUUUGGAUCUUUUCCAGCUUUCUGCUGUUCUCUUUGGUCUUCCAGAUAUUGAACGCGCCUUGAAAUUUACCCCUGAGGAUAUAAACUGGGUCUUGAUUGUGUAUAACAUUACGUUCGCAUCUUUUCUACUGAUUGGAGGUCAACUGGGUCAACGACUCGGAUUGGAAAGAACAUUCAUUGCUGGCACGGCUAUUCUCACCUUGUCGAACAUUAUCAACACUGCUGCUCCCAAUAAAGCUGCUCUGCUUGCUGGUCGAACUAUUUCGGGGAUUGGUGCAGGAUUGACUGCCCCAAAUGGACUGGCUAUAUUAAGUCGGAAGUUUGAAGAUGGUGACGCUCGCAACAAAGCACUGGCAGUGUAUACAGCUUGCGCUCCUCUAGGAUCGACUAUUGGAACUGUGGUCGGCUCUCUCCUUGCAUCCUCUCCUGCUGGCUGGAGGUCAAUCUUCUGGCUAUGUCUAAUUCUCACUGCGAUCUCAACCGCACUAGCAUGUCUAUUUCUCCCCGAGUUCUCGAGGGAGAAUGUACCGAUUGAUGUACUCGGGGCCUCUGUCUUUACCGCGGGAAUCGCACUUCUUGUAUAUGGUCUGAAUGACAGCUCUAGACUUGGCUGGUCGGCACCGUCGGUACUUGUUGGGAUCAUUUUAGGCGCAUUUUUGCUCCUUCUUUUCGUAACUGUCGAGAAGCGAGUUGCCAACCCGGCCGUUCCUCUAUAUGUUUGGAAGUCAUUACCCUUCUUCCUUAUGUUGGUCGCUAUAUUUGCCUUUGGUGGUAGCUUCAGUUCAUGGUUCUUCGUUACCACGCAACUUUGUGUGAACCUGCUUCGUUAUACUCCUGUUCUUACGGCAGUGUACUUUUUGCCAGGUGCCUUCUGCGCGAUCGUGAGCGGCGCUCUCUCGACACCUAUGGUCAAGUUCCUCGGAGAAAAGGCAACCCUCGUCGUCGGCCUUGGAAUAACUGCUGCAGGUGGAGUUGCGUGGGCAUUCGCGACACCCGAACGUGCUGGUGGAACUGCCCACGGACAAGGAUACUGGUACUCGAUUGUGGCCGCAAUCAUAUUUGUCUGUGGUAGCCCGGUUGCCAUGGUACCUGCUCAAAGCAUUUUGCUUCGCCAAGUGGAGGCUGGGAAUCAUGCAGUAGCAAGUGCUCUCUUCAACACUGCCUACCAGGUCGGCGCUAGUGUUCUUCUUGCCGGGGCAAAUGCAUUGAUAAAUGCAAAACAGGAGAAUGUCAAUGGUGCUAUCAUGGCAUCCAUGGAAGGCUACCGGAAUGCCUUUUGGCUCUUGACUGGCGUUCUGGGUGGUGCGGCACUCAUAGUGGCCGUCUCCUACUGGCCUCUGCGAUCUGAGACUUCAGAAAGGGCCAUGGAAGAAGCCUUAGUUGAGGAGCAUCCCACAGUGACAAAGGUUCAUUAA